AUGGCAGUGAAUCUGAAUGAAUUGUCUCUUCCACAAUUAGAGAGCUUGAAAACACAGCUUGACCAGGAAACAGAGUUCCUAUCAUCCUCCAUUGGUCAGCUGAAAGUUGUCCAAACAAAAUAUGUGGAGGCUAAAGACAGUUUGAAUGUUCUUAGUAAGAGUAAUGAAGGAAAAGAACUACUUGUCCCUCUCACCAGUUCUAUGUACGUACCUGGAAAACUUCAUGACGUAGACCAUGUCUUGGUGGAUGUCGGAACAGGUUACUUUGUAGAGAAGAAUGUAGAGGACAGUAAAGGGUUCUUUAAACGCAAAAUUGACUUCCUAACGAAACAAAUUGAGAAAAUUCAGCCUGCUCUUCAAGAGAAACAUGCGAUGAAGCAAGCUGUAGUGGAAGUUAUGAAUAUGAAGCUCCAGCAACUGCACAGCCAACAGGCAUCACAGUCUGGCACCACCAAAGCCUAAAAACAGUUCAAAGCAGCAUGGCAGAAAAUUCGAGGGAGACCAUUUACCCUAUAGAUCGGUCCAGUCUGCACCCUUACAACAGAGAAUCACUGCUUUGAUGUCAACAUGUCGUUCACUGCUCUUUGGAGGAUGAAUGUCCAGCACCUUGCCUACAUUAAACAACUGUUCACUGUUUUUGUCCAAUGUUUUCAUUCUCAUGUUUAGUGAACAAAUGAACCAUUGGGCAUGGCUGGUGGCUCUAUCCAUAAAGCCUUUGGAGAGUUGGGUUAAUGUUUCUGGAGGAGAUUUACCUUGUCACAAUGUGCCAGGUGUUAAACAUUUGGUAAAUUUUAAAUUGUUAAAAAAAAAAAAAAAAAAAAAGCAUUUUGUGAGGACAAAUAUUUACAUCAGAAAAUGGGCUUUAAGUUAAAGUUUUAUAUAUAUAUAUAUAUGUAAUGUACUUAUACUUGCAUUUUAUUACUGGUAUAUUCACGUGACUCCAUGCGAUGCAAAUAAGCAAUGUCCUGCUUUGUUCUGAGUUACUGGUCAAUGUUACAGAGAGCAGUAAAAUGAAAGAAAUGUUAAAGAAAAGUUAGGCUUGUUUGACAGCAUUUGUGGCUUAAUGUUCAUUACCACUGAAAUUAACUUCGACUUGUCCCUCCUUUUCUUUAAAUAAAUAAAAUCUGGGUUACAUCAAGGCACUACAAUGGAAGUGAAGUGAAUGGGACCAAUCUGU